UAAUGCUUCUGACGACACUGAAUAAAUAUUUUGCAUGUAAACAAAUAAAUUGAGUGUCUAAGACAUUCGGCAUGUUAGGCGUAUUAUUACCUGAACGGAAAUGAUUUAAUCAAAACAGUAUAUUUAUUUAGAUAAUGUUUAAUUGAUUAAUAAGAACUUUUCGUUAUAUAAUCUGGAAAAGGACGGGAAAAGUGACAAUGUUUACAGACGAAUCGCUGGAUGGAGUGAAUUUUACAUCAACUUGGAAGAAGGAAAGGUACUUAGAUGAUCAGCAGACGCAGACGAUGGAACUUCAGGUUUGCGACCAGUCUGCGCAGUCCUAUAAAUACAUAGAUGAAGGGGUACAAACAGAUGAAGAGCCCAAAAAGAAAUUGAGAUUAGCAGAAGAUCGAUCUGGUCGACUGGUGGAAUUUCUUCAAAAAAUUGAACCCUAUAUUUCAAAACAAUUGAAUAAUAAUCUUAAAAGUAGAGCAUUUGAUGAUUUUGACAUUGGUCUGGAUGAAGACACUUCAGGUGUGAGUUGUAUUCACAGUUUGAUUAAUCCAGCUCUCCUAGGCAAGUUUCAGGUGACAGAUUUAUCAUGGAACUCUACGGGUUCUGUGGUUGCGGCAUCAUUUGGUCAGCUGGAGCAUGAAGAUUGGUGUACGCACCGUACAGCGAUGUGUACGUGGAAUCUGGACCGUAGCAGCAUAAAGGAAGAUAAACCCGACACCACUAUAGAGCUAGACAGUUGCCUUAUGUGCCUCGCAUUCCAUCCAAAAAAUCCAGCCAUUAUUGCUGGUGGAAAUUUUAACGGUGAGGUGUUGCUAUGGGAUCUUAGUAGGGAAGAUGACAUGUUGAUUGCCACAUCAGGGCUCGGAGAGGAUGCCCACCAGGAACCUGUAUCUAAAGUAUACUGGAUCACUGACAACAAGGGAAAGAAAAUAUAUCUGGUCAGUGCCAGUGCAGAUGGAAAAAUUAUACAGUGGAAAAUAGACAGAAAAGCUCAAAAGUUACAGCCUAAAGAUGGUUUUAUGGUGAUGGCUCAGAGUUUACCGUCUAUGAAGGUGAAAGGUGUAAGGGGAGAUAAAGGGAGAAAAAUGCCUUUUGUUAGUGCUGGCAUGGAUCAAGUGAUACGUCUGUACAGCAUUUUACAGGCUCAGCCCGUGUUGACAAUUGAGCCUGGGGAAGGUUAUGUCCAUUGUGUGACAUGGUCACCAGUCAAAGCAACUGUAAUGGCAGCUACAACUCAGGCUGGUAACCUGUUGAUUUACGAUUUGAAAACGACUGGUAAAACUGUCCCCAGUUAA